CGUGGCCUCUGCCCACCUGGCCGUCCAUCCGUCAGUCCAUGAGACCCACUGCCUGCUGAUCCAUCCCCAGCCCGAGGCAGGGAGCCCAUCCCACAGGUGAAGAUGGACGACCAUGAGCCCCACCAGCAGGCUGCGGAAUACUUGGAGCGCCCCAUGGAGCAUGGAUUCCAUGAGCUGGCUGGGCGCCUCAGCGCCCUGGGCCUACAUGAGCCCCACGGUGCCAGCUGCAGGGAGCUGUGCCCAGACUGCGGCCACCCCAUUGGGCUCCGGGUGUGUCAGAGAGAACAGGCCCGGCUCAGCACAGGGACAAGAAUUUCACCUCCUAAACAUGACAUCUACUGUCGUUAUUGCAACCAGGCGAUCCCAGGAAAUAAGGACUUCGACCGGAUGGAUAAGCGACAUCUGGUCCCAGAGCUUGAGAAAUGCUUUCCAGUUGGGAAGCCAGGAAUACCUCCUGCUCCCCACCCCAGUCACACCGCUCAAGAGCAGACCUCCAAGGCAGAAAAGGAUGUCCGUCCGAAAAUCAAAAAGAGAAACAGGUGUCCUCUUCCUUCUCAAAAUUCAACAAAGCAAGCAGCAAGAGGUGCAAACAGAACCACGACCCUGCCUUUGCCUCUGAGGUUGGGGCACCACGACCCCAGGCUCACCUUCCCUGCAGAAGACGAGGCAGCCUAUAGCACUCUGGGGGGGUGUUCUUGCUGUGGCAUCCUGCUCCCCCAGCCCAUCCUAAGUCAACACCAGGUACCCAGCCCUCUGUCUUCUGCUUCCCCACCAGCCUUCUGGACAGCAUGUCCAGAAACCUGAGACCCAGAGGCACCUGCAGAUGCUGCCACCAGGCCCUUCUCUCCGUCUCCCUCUUGUCCAUGGGCCCAGGUGAACGCUCUCAGAGCACUAGCCACUCAGCUUCUCUGCAUACUCUCCCAGAGCCUGGGCCACCUUUGAAGGCAGAGCUGGAUCUAUCUGUGUCUCCAGCUCCCAGGCCAGAGGCAGCACAGGGCAUCCAGCAUAGCUCCCUCACGGUACAUAGAGCAACUGAGGCCCGGAGAUCAGAUGAGUCUUGUUGAGAUCCUGAGUUGGUGGCUCGCCUCCCACACACCAGGGUUUAUAGCCAUUUCCCUCAAUAUCCUAAUUAUUUUUACAUCCUAAAUUAUUUUCUAGUAACAAGAACAACUGGCAUUAGAGGUACUUAACCAUCAUCCAUCAGCGAGAACAGGAAGCUCUUUACAAAUGGUUAUUCUUCAUCAUGAACAACAAGCAGGCAUAUUAUUCCUGUUGAGAUGAGGAAACUAGAGAGAAGGAGCUGCCCCAGGGCGACACAAUGGGAGGGUCGCAGAAUCCAGCAGGGAUGCCACCUGAAUGUCAUUCCAG